AUGGCAUAUUUGCUCAUUGGCCUGGCCGUAAUCGCAGUCGCCUUUAUCACUCGUAAAUUCCUGGCAUGGAAAAGACUGCGGCACAUCCCAGGCCCGUUUGGGUGCGGCUGGUUCGAUCUGUGGGUGCUUCGCAGAGCGUUCAGAGGGACGCUGUACAAGGAUCUUGGUAAUUUAUGCGAUAAAUAUGGCCCCCUUGUCCGCAUUGCACCAGAGUACCUGGUUUGUGGUGACCCAAUUGAAGUUCGCCGAAUAUGGGGAGUGCGCUCUCAGUUCGAUCGAGCGCCAUGGUUCAAGGGCUUUCAACUCGACCCACCGAAUGAUUGCAGCCUGUCCAUCCGUGACAGCACGCUGCACAGUCUUCUCAGGUCCAAACUUUCACCCGGCUACUCUGGAAAGGACAUUGACGGUCUACACGAGUCGAUCGACCAGCAAGUCGCGAAGUUCCUUCGCUUUAUUGAGGAGAAGUACCUCUCGACUGAGACGGAUUUCCGCCCUAUUGACUUUGCUCGUAAGAUCCAGUUCUUGACCUUGGACCUCAUCUCCACCUUCGCUUUAGGACGAACAUUUGGCUUCAUGGAUAAAGAUGAGGACCUCUUCGACUACAUCAAAACAACGGAAGAAUCGCUUCCUCUUAUGCAAAUGAUAGCCUUACUACCAGGGCUCUUGAGCGUCCUUCAGUCUCCCCUGUUCAAAGUGAUCCGACCAACGCACACUGACGCCGUUGGACUCAGCAAGGUAAUGGGAAUUGCCAAAGAAAUCGUAUCAGAGCGAUACGGCAAUUCGAAGAUGGUCAAACGAGAUAUGUUAGGAUCGUUCGUCGCUCACGGUCUUACCAAAAAAGACGCCGAGUCUGAGUCCCUCGUUCAAAUCGUGGCGGGCUCUGACACAACCGCCACGGUGAUCAGAAUAGGGAUUUUUCACGCCCCAACGUCGCCACUGGUUUAUCAAAACUUGCAAGAAGAAAUUGAUAGAGGCGUCAAAGCUGGCCAGACAUCGGCGCCGAUCAAGGACACGGAAGCACGAACACUCCCCUUUCUGCAGGCAUUCAUCAAAGAAUGCUUUCGGAUCUGGCCACCUAUUACAGGUAUUGUCCCGCGGGUCUCGGGCACGGAGGCAGCGGUCUGUGGCCAUCGGGUUCCCGCCAACACAAACGUUGGCUGGAGCGCACGUUCAGUCAUGCGAGACAGGAACGUGUUUGGAGACGAUUCAGACUUAUUUUCACCCGAGCAAUGGCUACGGACUCAGGGCGAGCAACUUCGAGCCAUGGAGAACACUAUCGAACUCGAGUUUGGUCAAGGCAAAUGGGGUUGUCUAGGCAAGCCCAUUGCCUUGUUGGAGCUGAAUAAGGUAUUCGUCGAGCUGCUAAGACGAUUCGACUUUACUGUCGUCAAUCCAGCUCAUCCUAUGGACACCUUUGACUACUGCGUCAUGACGCAAUUUAACCUCAUGCUGAGGAUCACAAAGCGGAAGAUUCCAGUGUGA